UUGGUCUUGUCUUGUAGGCCAAUUCCACAUUGGUCUGAAGUUCCAGACACACAACACACCUGCUUUGAGUGCUACAGCAUUGAGAAGUGCAAGACCACAAUAUCUUGAGAUUGGUCAUAAUCACUGGUAGCCGUGCAGUUCUAUUGAAGCUAAAACAGAAUGUGGAGGCUGAAGAUAGGAGAGGGUAGCAAUGGCCCUUACCUCUUUAGCACAAAUAACUUUGCUGGAAGACAAACAUGGGUGUUUGACCCUGAAGCUGGUACCCCAGAAGAGCGAGCUGAGGUUGAAGAGGCUCGCCAAAAUUUCUACAAGAAUAGACGUCAAGUCAGGGCCAGCAGUGAUCUUCUAUGGCGAAUGCAGUUUUUGAGGGAGAAAAACUUCAAACAAACAAUUCCACCAGAAAAGAUAGAGGAUGGAGAAGAAAUCACAAAUGAAAAGGCCACAAAUGCAUUGAGGAGGGCUGUCCAUUUCUCUGCGGCCUUGCAGUCUAGUGAUGGUCACUGGCCCGCUGAAAAUGCUGGCCCGAUGUUUUUCGUUCCACCCUUUGUAAUAUGUUGCUACAUUACAGGACAUCUUAAUACAAUUUUCCCUGCUGAAUAUCGAAAAGAAAUCCUUCGUUACGUAUACAAUCAUCAAAAUGAAGAUGGUGGCUGGGGAUUACACUUAGAAGGUCACAGCAUCAUGUUUGGCACAGUUCUCAACUACAUUUGUAUGCGUAUACUUGGGGAAGGACCUGACGGUGGUCAGGACAAUGCUUGUGCAAGAGCACGGAAGUGGAUCCUUGAUCGUGGUGGUGUUACACACAUACCCUCUUGGGGAAAGAAUUGGCUUUCCAUACUUGGCGUGUUUGAAUGGACUGGAUGCAAUCCAAUGCCACCAGAAUUUUGGCUCCUUCCUUCUUUUCUUCCCAUUCAUCCAGCCAAAAUGUGGAUCUAUUGUCGGUUGGUGUACAUGCCUUUUUCGUACAUAUAUGGGAAAAGAUUUGUUGGUCCAAUUACACCUCUAGUUCUUCAAUUAAGGGAGGAGCUCUAUACUCAGCCUUACAAUGAAAUUAAAUGGAUGAAAGUGAGGCAUCUAUGCGCGAAGGAGGAUCUCUACUAUCCCCAUCCUUGGUUACAAGAUCUGCUUUGGGAUAGUCUAUACGUAUUAACUGAGCCUCUUCUUACUCGUUGGCCCUUAAAUAAGUUGGUCAGAGAGAAGGCUCUUCAGGUAACAAUGAAGCAUAUUCAUUAUGAAGAUGAGAUUAGUCGAUACAUUACCGUCGGAGUAGUGGAAAAGGCAAUAUGUAUGCUUGCUUGUUGGGUUGAAGAUCCAAAUGGGGAUUAUUUCAAGAAACAUCUUGCUAGGAUGAAAGAUUUCAUAUGGAUUGCUGAAGAUGGAAUCAAGAUGCAGAGUUUCGGUAGUCAAGUGUGGGAUGCGAGCUUGACUAUUCAAGCUCUCCUUGCUAGUGAUCUUACUAAUGAAAUUGGACCUGUAUUGGCAAAAGGGCACAACUUCAUAAAAAUAUCACAGGUCAAGGACAAUCCUUCUGGAGACUUUAGAAGAAUGUAUCGUCACAUGUCUAAAGGAUCAUGGACAUUCUCCGAUCAAGAUCAAGGAUUACAACUUUCUGAUUGCACUGCAGAAGCUUUGAAGUGCAGCUUGCUUUUCUCAAUGAUGCCACAAGAGAUUGUUGGUGAGAAAAUGGAACCUGAGUGGUUGUUUGAUGCUGUGAAUAUCCUGCUUUCCUUACAGAGUAAAAAUGGUGGUUUUGCAGCUUGGGAGCCUGCUAGAGCUGGGCCUUGGUUGGAUUUGCUUAACCCCGUAGAAUUCUUGGAGGAUAUUGUUGUCGAGCAUGAGUAUGUUGAGUGCACUGCAUCGACAAUCCAAGCUUUUGUUUUGUUUAAGAAGUUGCACCCAAAGCAUAGGAAGAGAGAGAUUGACAGCUCCAUUAGAAAUGCAGUUAAAUACCUUGAAGACACACAAAUGCCUGAUGGUUCAUGGUAUGGAUUUUGGGGAAUUUGUUUUAUCUAUGGUUCAUGGUUUGCACUAGGUGGAUUGGCUGCGGCUGGCAAGACUUACCACAAUUGUCCUACUAUUCGCAAAGCUGUUGAUUUUCUACUUAGAACACAAAAAGAUGAUGGUGGUUGGGGUGAAAGCUAUCUUUCAUGCCCAAACAAGGAAUAUGUACCUUUAGAAGGAAAUCGAUCAAAUUUGGUACAAACUGCAUGGGCAAUGAUGGGACUUAUUCAUGCUGGACAGGCUAAAAUAGACCCAAAACCUCUACAUCGCGCAGCAAAGUUGAUAAUCAAUUCUCAAAUGGAAGAUGGUGAUUUCCCUCAACAGGAAACCACUGGAGUCUUCUUCAAGAACUGCAUGUUACACUAUCCAAUAUAUAGAAACACUUUUCCAUUGUGGGCACUUGCAGAAUACCGCAAGAGUGUUCCAUUGCCAUCCAGAACUAUGUAACUCAACAAUGCAUAGCGAAUUGUUAGUUUUAUUGGAACCAUUUAGUUUU